AUGUCGGUGGCUGACAGCAAAGCAGUCUUCAAAGCUCGGGCGGUGGCCGUGGGCCUCGAACCUGAGAUCUUGACGCACCUCGCGAAUGGCGAGAUUGACACGUUGGCUUCGCUGGCCUUUUCUUGCAGCUACACCCCAGGUAGCUCCGAUGACUCGGUCUUUGUGACGCUGAUGGGAAAGCUAUGCGGUAAGGAUCCUGGGGUCAAGCAGCUGGCGUGCCUCCGCAGGUUGUUCGCGGAAGCGUACGCCAUCGUAGCGAGUGACAUCAAGACUCAGGUAGAAUCUUCAGACGAUGUCCCCAUCAAACGUUUGGCGCCAGCCGACCGUGCUCAGAGGUUGGCCGAUCAACAGACGAGGCUGGCCGGCCUCAACUUGAGGGGCCAUUUGGAGCCAGGAGAUGGCCUGGUAGACAGAUGUGCCCAUAUCUAUGAGACAGACCGGCUGGCUUACGUUGAGUGGGCGGCCUGUGUAUCCAGAGACCAUGAGGUGUUGACUGGCACCAAGAAAGACGGCAUGCUGGUCCUUGAUGCUCACGGCCAAGUCAAAAUGUCGUCGAAGCAAGGUGCAGCUCCAUGCGAGACUACCACAGAGCUCCAGGUGCGCUACUGCCUAGUGAGGCGUGGUCUGGCGUUUGAGCAAGCGAAUAUCCUCGAUUAUAAGCUGCACGACCAGUUGAUCGAAAAGUACUUUGAAUAUCGAUUGAUGCCGACACCUCCCGGCUUUGCAGCUGUCGGGAUGGGGCAGAUCGAAGCGGCCGACCGUCGGUUCUUCAUGCUUAUGGCAGAGCGCACGAGGUCGGGGAUCAAAGCCACCGCCGGUGGACGGCCAUGUGACAAGGAGUUCAAGGCAUGCAUCGAGAGCAGUGAGUUCCUUUCGAUGAUCCAGCACAAACCUUUGGCUGCUGCUGCCAAGGAAGCCUGGACCGAGGAAGGCUCCCCGUCCAAGAAGCGCCGCUUGGGCUCAAAGGGCCGAGGCAAGGGCAAGGGCAAAGGCCGCGGUGAGCGGUCCGCAGGAGGCAUUGUUCCGGCCCAGCUACUGCGCCUCGGAUGUGUUGCCAGUACCUCCCGUGGGAACCCCGUGUGCUUUGACUACUCGCUCAGAAGUGCGAGCGCAAGGUCACGGGCAACAAGUGUGAGCGCGGCUUACAUGUUUGCGCUGUUGCCAAAUGCCAUGGCAACCAUCCGGCCACGGAAUGAGGAGGCGGGUCAUGUGCGGCCUGCAGAGCCCGAGGAAGAUGCCUCGGGGGAUGUGCCACGCAAGGGCGUGGCAGAGACGCCUGUGGGCGAUCGCAAGUGUGCGAGUGAGGCGCCGCCUCUACCUGUACAGUCGGUUUCGUUUUCCAAUGUCACAGAAGAAUGCUUCGAUUCCUUUUGCAAGAUUUUACUUGAUGACACCUCUCUGAAUCCAUGCGACCGCAUUUUGCAGUUGCUUGAGCAGGCGCCUGUGCAAGAACCGCCCCGCGAAGGGGCCCAAGCAGGUGGUCAACUGUUUGUCGUACAUCAGGAUGGACCCGACCGACAUGUGUGUGAUGGGAAAGAGGAGUCAGGCUUUAGCUUGGAUGUCGCUGCGAAGCCCUGGCUGUUCGAUGCAAAACAUUGCAAACACUUCACGUUGCCAUGGCAAGGGACACGGCUCGUCAUGGUUGCUUUCACGGUGGGCCUCCUCCGUAACCUGUCAAGUCAAGAUGCUGCCGUUGUGGCGGGUCUCGGUUUCAACUUGCCGUCAUGCGACAUGCCUGAACAGGGCUGUUCCAAGCCUACGAAUGCGUCGUUACUUGACCUGCGACGACCCCCCGGGCCCCGACCUGAUAGCGGACAGUCCCCGGCUGGCCUUCAGUCCCCCGUGACGACGGAGGAAGGGCAGCAACUCCCUGAGCUCAGGGCCCCGGAGGUCGUUGAUGUAUCCAAGGACACGCGCCACCCUUCAAUGCCUGCGAGGGCCGAUGCUGGGCAGCCCUUCCCCGAGUGCCGGGCCCCGGAGGUCGGUGGUUCGGUAUCCCUGCCGGGUGAUGGCCCCCUUCUUGUGGAGUUGUGCGCCGGGUCCGCAGUGCUGAGCAGCGUGGCAUCCACGCGUGGAUUCUCGACCCUUGCCGUUGAUCAUGCCUUGAACCGUCACACACCCAAAAGCAAGAUCACUGUCUUGGACUUGAGCCUUCCAGCCUCGUGGAGCACGUUGGGGUACAUUCUGGAGAACCGAGAAGUGGCUCUCUUGUUCGCAGCGCCCCCGUGUGGGACUUGCUCCGCAGCGCGGGAAAUCCCGCUGGAAGACGGGUCGAUGGGCCCACCUGUGUUGCGCACGCAUGAGUUUCCCUAUGGAGUGCCGGGCUUAUCCCCGCAUAACCGGCUCAAAGUUGAGAAAGCCAAUGCCCUGUAUGAGUGCUUGGCAAACUUCCUGCUGCUGGCGCAUAAGCGCCGUAUCCCUUGGAUGGUGGAGAAUCCCACCGGCAGCCUCCUGUGGAUCUUGCCUUGUUUUGCAGAGCUUGUCAAACUCGGACGGUUUUCACACUGCGAGUCAUGUGCGUUUGGGGGCCAGCGUUUAAAACGUACCAGCUUCUUGGGCAGCGAUCGAUGGCCUGGAUUGUGUUUGAGAUGUCCGGGGGAUCAUGAUCAUGAACCGUGGGGUCAGUCUGCGGAUGGGUCCUUUGCCACGGCCCUCGAAGCUGAGUACCCUUCGAAGCUGUGUCAUGCUGUUUGUGAUUUUGCUGAACACGUGUGCCGUGAGAGGGCGCUUCCCCUAGGUUCUGCUGCUCCCCUGGUGCCGAGGGCCUAUCGUCAACCCCGGGGCCGGCUGCAUCCGCAGGUCAUCCCCGAGUACCAGCAUACCGUCUCCACCAUUUUGCCUGCGUCGCCGUCUCUCGACGACAAGCAAUGCCUGCGUACUGCUUUGCAAACGCCCAGAGGUCUCCUACCCGCUGGGAGCAAGCUUCUGCGUUCCGAGAAUAGGGGAGGUGGUAAGUGGUUCUGUGUCUUUGGUGUGUUUUGGGAUCCCUUGUCCUUUGUAGAAGAGGCGAGGAGGCUUUGGCACCCUUUCGACUCGCUGGCCCACCUGCCAGACUACUUGAUCACCGCCCUUCAUGAGCAGCUUUCCUUGUCACCAAUGGACUUGACUAAGUUGAGGCUGACACGUUUGAAGCAUUGGCAGGAUCUGGCAAAGUCGCUGCGUCAAAAGGAUGCGACUAUGAAAGAGCAGCUGCAUCCGGACGUGCAAGGCAUACUGAAAGGGAAACAUCUGGCCUUGUUGGCGCAUCUUGUCGACGAGGUCCAAUGGCCGGACGCGCAUUUGUUGCCUGAGCUGUGCCAGGGUUUCCGACUCGUAGGCCCUGCCAAUAAGUCGGGUGUGUUCAGGGCUGGCUUGGUAGUUGCUUCGCAGGAUGAGUGCCAACUCAUGCGCAGAGCGCCAGAGAUUAGGGAAGGCAUUCUGAAGCGGCUGGAGUCAGAACCAAUGGCUGAGUACGCUCAAGAGCUGUGCGACAUCACUCGUGAGGAGGCCGACGUUAAAGGGUGGCUGGAGGGCCCCUUCUCCCCUGACGAAGUCAGUGAUCGCCUAGGAGAAUGGCUCCCUGUGCGGAGGUUUGCUGUGCGCCAGGGGGCGAAACUGCGCCCCAUCGACGACCUGCGUGAGAAUGAGGUCAACUCCUGCUUCUCGAGUGUUGAGAAGGUCACCUUGUCUGCCAUGGACCAUGUGCUGUGGUCGGCUAACAUCUUGGUUGCAUACUUCCGGGAUAGGGGUGCCUACCGCUUUACUUUGUCCACAGGCCAGGUGCUGUCAGGUAAGGUUCAUCACGCUUGGUCUGACGCCGGGGCCGAGUUGCGCAUGUCGUCUCUUGACCUAAAAUCAGCGUAUAAGCAACUCCCCUUGUCUCCGCUCGAUCACAACAAGUCCGUCGUGUGCCUCCGGAACCCUCGGAGUAUGGCUUUGGAGUGCUACAUCAUGAAGACGCUCCCCUUUGGGGGAGCGGCGAGCGUCCCGUCCUUCUUGCGAUGCAGUUCCCUUAUCCACGCCUUGGGGUGCCGAUUGGGGCUUUGCUGGUCGAACUACUUCGACGACUUCCCGGUGAUAUCGCACUCCCUGUGCGCGUCAUCGACCAUGGCCUGCAUGGUGGGUUUUCUAAAGUUGUUGGGGUUCGAUCACGCUAAGGAAAAACUACUCCCCUUUGAUGUGAAGGCGGAAGUUCUCGGCGUCCAGGUAGACUUGACUGGGGCUCCUAAAGGGGUAAUCCAGGUUAAGAAUAAGGAUAGCCGGGUUGCUGAGUUGUUGCCAGUGCUUGAGGCGGCGUGCCGCGACAAGAAAGUCAUCCCGGCCCACCUGCCAUCUUUCGUCGGCAAACUUCAGUAUGCCGACGCUCAGAUUUGGGGGAGAGCGGGGCGUUUGGCGUUGCAUGAUGUUAGAGCUUUGGCGCAUACCGCCAAAGUACCUGUGAGCCUGGACCCCAGUGGUCUAGCGGCUUUGAACCUUCUGAAGGAACGCUUCAUGCGGGGUAGGCCUCGCACCUUACUUGCCUCCCGAGGGGAACUCCCGUUCCUCAUGUUCACUGAUGGCGCUCUUGAAGAGGGGCAAGCCAAGCUUGGUCUCCCGCCUGCCACCAUAGGAGGCUUGCUCUUGUGGCCCGGGCGUAGUCAGCGGGCUGAGUAUUUUGGAUGUGCUGUUCCUGAGACAGUGCUGGAAAUGUGGCGCGCGGAUGGGAAGUCACAUGUCAUCGGCCUAGUGGAGCUCUAUGCCGUCGUGGUGGGCAUCCGCACCUGGAAGUCGUACUUCGAGGGAAGGAGGUUGCUAACGUUCGUCGACAACUAUGCUGCGCUCGAUGUUGCUAUCAAGGGAUCCGCGUCUGUCAAGCAGUGGCGCGAUUUGUUGUUGCUACUUGAGUGCCCCGAUGAAACGUCCCCCACGCUCAUGUGGCAUGCAAGUGCUGCAAGGGUACCUUCGAAGUCGAACCCGUCGGAUGGGCCCAGCCGGGGUGACACGUCCCUGAUGGAAUCCUUCCACGCCAAGCGUGUCACGCCUGUAUGUCCCGUGACACAGGUGCAGCUGCGGAACUUGUAA